AUGUGUUACAAAAUGAAAACAUACUUGAUGAUCAAGGACAGUUGUUUAUUCAAGAAGUGGCCGGUGGAAUAUCGCUGGGACGAAGCCGGGAGCAGCACCAUCCUCCAUAGCUGCAGCACCAGCACAAUCACCGUCAACGCCCACAACUCUCAAGGCCUGCCGCCCGUCGCCCAAGAUGCUGCAGCUGGGAGCUCCAGUACAAGCAUCUUCCAAGCCUUCAAGCAUUGCUCCAGCAGGUUUGCCAGGUACGCCAUUGCCCACUCCAUCGGCCGCUGGCUGCUCUACCCUGGCUCCGUGUGCCUCUUGAACAAAGUCCAGCCAAAUUUACUGGUAAAUGGCCGGACUCGACUUAUGGAGGAUUUUCAUGGGAAACGGGCCAAGCUGAUAGCCCGCGACGGGAACGAAAUCGACACAAUGUUUGUGGACAGGAGGAAGCGGCGGACUCCUGAGAAAAAGGAGAUGCAGUUGGUGAUAUGCUGCGAAGGGAAUGGCAGCUUCUACGAAGUGGGGUGCUUUUUCACACCGCUGAGGGCCGGGUAUUCUGUCCUAGGGUGGAACCACCCAGGUUUCGGCAGGAGCACAGGGAAACCCUAUCCAGCCAAUGACAUCAACGCUAUGGAGGUGGUCAUCCAGUAUGCCGUACAUCGCCUGGGUUUUGGUCUGCCAUACAUUGCUAUCUAUGGCUAUUCUUUAGGCAGCUACACGGCCACCUGGGCUGCCAUGACUUAUCCGGAGCUGGGGGCUUUGGUGCUGGAUGCCUCCUUUGACAGCUUGCUCCCUUUGGCUAUGAAGGUAAUUAAGAAGAGCUUGAGGAGGCUGGUCAUAAAGACAGUGACGGAGCACUUCAACCUCAACGUGGCUGAAAUGCUGUGCCAGUACCCAGGCCCGGUGCUGCUGAUCCGAAGGAUCCUUGAUGAAAUCACCAGCACCCAGUUCACUUUGGAAAGCAAAAUCCCCAUUGUCAAGACCAACCGAGCCAACGAGCUGCUGGUGCAGCUCUUGAGGUGCCGUUACCCCGACAUCAUGUCUGAGGAGGAGGAGGAAACGGUGCGUAGCUGGCUUGCUGCCGACUGUCCUCAGCUAGACAACCUCAUCUACAACUACUUCUACCACGUAGAUGACGACUGGUGCCUCCGUACACUCGAGAGCUAUAAGUCCAGCCUCGGAUCAAGCUGCAGCUUCCCGUGGAAUGUCGGGAAGAACCUGACUCCCAUAAGAAGGAAACAAAUGGCCUUGUUUUUGGCCAGGAAGCACUUGAAGAAUGUGGAGACCACACACGGAAGAACAUUGCCACCGCAGGAAUUUCAGAUGCCCUGGAAGCUCUAG